GAGUUUUAUUUUUGUGCUGGAACUCUGUAUGGAGUGUUGAAAGGUUCCAGAUACCACAAAACAGCCGGUUGGACUGGAAAAAAACGCGAACAAAAGCCACAAACAUUUUACGCGAUAUAUUCAACUUGUAUGUGAAUAAAAGGCGACUUAAAUUUACUUUAGUUUAAUAGUAAGUCGAACAUUUCCAUGCUAAGACUGGGCCGCAGGGUUCGCAUGUAGAGUUAGAACAGCUUCCACACAGGCACAGGGAAGGAUUACUAUAGAAUGUUGGCGAACUAUCGCUGUGGAGGGGAAAAACACGUAGAGCUGAGUCUGCGCGACGCAGGGGAUCACUGCCUACGAAGUUUAUCGGGCAAGGCUACACCGACAAAUCCUAGGACACGUUCGGCCGCACUGUAGCCAUAUGAUUCUUCAAGCAUUCUGAUGGAUGCUGCCUAAAACCCUGUUUGGUUUUGUUGUGGUAAGUUUCGAAAAGCGGAGGAAGAAGGAUGUCAGAAUUCAUGCCAUACCCUUACAGAGGGCCAGGAGGUGCUUUGAUGCGCUUUAAGAAAAGAAAGUCACGUUUCACAUUCCAGGAGGUUGAACUGCUGCUCAGUGAGGUGCAGAAUAAACGACAUAUUCUAGUCGGAAAGUUCAACCGGGGCAUUUCGAAGGAUCUGAAAACCCGCACAUGGGCGGAUGUGACAGCACGUAUCAACGAGGUCAGUGAGUGUCACCGAGAAAUUAUUGAAGUCAUCAAGAAAUGGGCAGACCUCAAAUGUGACACCAAGCGGAGGGUGGCCGCAAUGAGGGCAUCGGGAGCCACGGCCACCCAAAUCGCACAAGAGCUCUCGCCUAUAGAAACCAUGGUGCACCAGAUCCUUCAAAUGUCUAACCCUAACAAUAACGUGAGCGAUUUGGCAAUUGAUGACCAAAUGGAUGAUGAAGACGAGGACUUUUCUGGUCUCUCGGAGAUCCCACACAGCUCCUCACACAUGGCAAAUGGCAGGCCUCAUUCGUUUAGUUUGCCAAUGCCACCUCCUUUUCAAACUACUAUCCCUUGCAAAAGUGAUACAGAGCUUCCUGCUCACAUGAUGUUCAGCAAUUCACCAGUGCCUCUAUCAGAUGUCCAGACUGACACAUCAGGAAAGGAAGGCAGAAACAUGCAGUUUAUUCACCCAAGAAGCCAAGCAAACCAGAAUCCAGUUGGUAUUCCUGUAUUCCUCAGCCAUCCUAUUGCUGAAAAGAGCCAAGUUCGAGAGAGACCUAAUCACAACACAUUUAAUGGCCCCUCAUCUGCCAGUUUCCCAACAUUUAUUGCACCUUCUACGGCUGCCUCAUCAUCACCACACUCUGCUCCUGCUCGGCUCCCUCCCCAAACUGCUCCUGUGGAGCCUCGCAGUCUGCAGGAACAUUUAUCCCAGAGUGCCUCGCUCAGCCUGCAGGAACAGCAGGCCACCACACUGCUGAUAGGGUCGCUGUCUCGCUCACUGGAGUCGCUCACAAAGUCUGUGCAGAGAUUGGUCCACACCCAGCAGCAGUUUUCACAUGACACCUUACAGCUGCAGCGUGACACACUCCACGUCCUGCGUGACUUCUCCACCAACGCCUUGACUCUCCUGCAGGACAAGGUCAACGGACAUCCAUAGCUCCUGAACAUGGCAAUGUUCCUGAAAGCUAGAUUUUGGGAGCAAGUUACAAAAAAAAAAAAAAAAACAGUGAAUGCUGAUAGCAAAGAAAAUACAAUAAGCUUGAGGAUAUAUUGACACUAGAGUAUAUGGCAAUCUUUAAAUCUCUAAAUAUUUUCCUGUUUAUAAC